AUGAGCGCUCUUCGCAAGCUUGUGUCUUUCUUUAUAGGUUUCUCGACAAUCAACCCCUCUCUCUCAGCGGAUGAUUGCCAGCCAUACCAAUGGACCGCGAAACGAGAUGUCACCCCAGGCCAAAUUGUCUGCCGUUACACGCUCACGUCACCGUCCGAAGUGAACUACUACACCUGCACUGAGCUCGCGGACAGAUACGACAUAUCCAUCGACAAGUUUUUCCAGCUCAACCCCGACCUCGACCGGGAUUGCGAGGCUAUCAAACCGAAUACAGACUAUUGCGUCGCAGGAUUCGUUGACCAAAUCCCGGCUUUGGACGGCCUCUGUGGCCCUAAACACAACAAUGCCACCUGUAGAGGCACCAAGAAACAGUGCUGCAAUUCUGAGACCUGGAUAUGCGGUGACACAGCGGACGACUGUCGUGAAGGCACUUGCUACGAAGGUGCAUGCCACGGCGCGACCGAAUACGCCAUCGAUGGGAAAUGCGGACAACAGCAUGGCGACCUGAAAUGUGGGGGGAAAUGGGGAUCUUGUUGCGAUUACAAUGGCAAAUGCGGCAAUGGGACAGACUUCUGCAGUCUCGGGAAAUGCCAGUCUGGCGAUUGUGAGCAGCGGCUUCCUGAUCCAACUUCUCAAUUCCCAUGGUUGGACGGAAACUCGACGGAUGGUGCUUGUGGUGGCACGAACAAAUAUGUAUGCAAUCCCGUAUUUGGCUACUGCUGUGGAGGCGAUGGUGAGUGCGGAAUGAACAAGAAGCAGUGCGGCUCGGGAUGGUAAGUUUCUAUGCAUACUUCAACUCUAAUCAAAGAUGCGACAGCUAACGCGACGAGGGUCCAAUAGUCAAGCGACGUUUGGGAAGUGUGAUUGAAUCCCAAAGCUUCCAACACGUGCGAUGUGGCUUCGAUGGAGAAGUACGGGCAGUCUGUUUGGUCUUGCUCUUCGUCCCGAGGAUGUGCAUAUUCGGAGGGCCGACUUUCGCGACGAAUGCUCUCUUUGCUAGCAAUAUCGGCGUUGUUCGUAUGAGGCUUCGCAAAAACACGGUUUAAAGUCUCACUCGCGCCUUCCUUGAUCACUGAACACAAGUGCCGACUGUUCAAUAAGCAAUAAAUAUACAUGUUGUUUACGUCGGCGACUUGUAAAUCUCAAGCGUAUGACACCUGCGCCGCAACAUGUUG